AUAAGCAAAAUUUGAUAUUUUUCUCUAGGAGUAGGAGGCGGAGUUUGGGCAAAACAUUUUGAUUGUAGAGCUAUACUGCCACUUAUACUUGCUCACACAGUUGUGUAAACAUUGGAGAGGUCUCGAGUGUCAGAAGAAGAUUAUUGAUUGGUUGAUGGAGGAAUUACAUGAAGCGUUGAGUGAUAAAGGGCUCACCGUGUCGUCUGUGCCGGAAAAGGGUCGCUGCCUUUUCACCACUUGGGAUUUCUCUCCAGGGGAAGUGAUUGUAUCCGAAGAGCCAUAUGUUUCAGUUCCCAAUAAAUCAGCUAAAUGUGAAUGGUGUUUCACUUCAAGUAACCUUAAGAGAUGUUCUGCAUGCCAAGUUGUUUACUACUGUGGCAACACAUGCCAGAAGUCAGAUUGGAAGUUGCAUAGGGUUGAAUGCCAGGCCUUGUCCAAGGUUGACAAGGAAAGGAUAAAAUCCAUUACGCCAAGUAUAAGAUUGAUGGUUAAGCUUUAUCUGCGGAGGAAACUGCAAGAUGAGAAGGUCAAGGUUAUUCCAAUUACAGUCAUGGACAAUUACAAUCUGGUGGAAUCCUUGGUUUCUCAUAUGACUGAUAUUGAUGAGAAGCAACUAGUUUUGUAUGCUCAGAUGGCAAACCUUGUUAGUCUGAUUCUUCAAUGGCCCGAGAUCAAUGUAAAGGAGAUUGCAGAAAACUUUUCUAAGUUUUCAUGUAAUGCACAUACAAUUUGUGACGCUGAACUGAAACCCCUGGGAACAGGCCUUUAUCCGGUGGUUUCUAUAAUCAACCACAGUUGUUUGCCGAAUUCGGUUCUAAUAUUUGGGGGACGAAUGGCUGUUGUCCGAGCCGUGCAGCAUAUACCCAAAGGUACUGAGGUAUCAAUAAGUUAUAUAGAAAUGGCUGGAAGCACUGCAACUCGUCAAAAGGCUCUUAAAGAACAGUACCUUUUCUCCUGCCCUUGCAUUCGCUGCAUCAAGUUGGGCCAAAAUGAUGAUAUCCAAGAAAGUGCAGUUCUGGAGGGUUAUAGAUGCAAGGACAAGAGAUGCAGUGGUUUCCUGCUUCGUGACUCUGGUAAUAAAGGAUUCACAUGUCAAUUGUGUGGACUCUUUAGGGAGAAGGAAGAAAUAAAGAAUAUUGUUAAUGAAAUCCAAUCACUGUCUGAAAAAGCUCCGUUUUCACUUUCAUAUGGACAUAACAAAGAUGCUAGUGUAAUGUAUAAGAUGAUUGAGAAACUUCAAUUGAAGCUGUACCAUCCAUUGUCGAUCAAUCUGAUGCGCACGCGGGAGAAUCUCUUGAAGAUAUUGAUGGAGCUGCAAGAUUGGAAGGAGGCACUAAAGUAUUGCAGAUUAACUAUUCCAGUUUAUCAGAGAGUUUAUCCAGAAUGUCAUCCUUUACUCGGAUUGCAAUAUUACACUUGUGGAAAACUUGAAUGGUGGCUCGGUGAGACUGAGGAAGCGUACAGGUCACUAGCCAAGGCAGCAGAGGUACUGCGAAUUACUCAUGGAACAAACACCACUUUCAUGAAGGAGCUUUUUGUGAAGUUAGAAGAAGCUCGUGCGGAGCUCUCUUACAAGAUUUUAUCCAAGGAAGAAUGAUUAUUGAACUGCAUCCACAGAUGCACAAACUCUUAAAGAUGACUUGCACAAAUUCUGCUAUACAUGCUCAACAAAGAGCGGGGAUGCAGAACAUCUUGUAGACGACAUAUACAAAAUUCAGCUAUACCAGGGCGGGCCUUCUUUCCUGAUUAUUGCAACAAAUUUCUUGAGAGAUACUAAUCUACCUUUCCUACUGUCUCCUUUUGCUGGGAAUUGAAUUGCUAUUGUGAGAGAAAAUAGGCUACUGGCAAUUUCUUCUAUUAAUAUAAGAUACCCUACUGGGGGUGGGGGUGGGGGCAAAGCAUUUUUCGUAGGAAGUAAUAGCUGAAACUGUUAUUGUUGGUAACAUCUGUCUACAUGGGUCUGCAUAACAUUGCAGGGUAAAUUCUUACAGUAAUUUAUUUAUCGUUUGUUCUAAAGAAAUAGACAAUUGUAUGUGCUUUUGAAAUUUCUUAGCUUUGGAUUAAGGUAAUUAGAAUUAGAGUUGGUCAAUGAUCAAACCAUAAGCAAAACAAACAUUUGAAAGUUAGAAAAAGCUGAAUAACCCAGGUCAAACGUAAAGGUAUAAAAGAAGAUAAACUACGUCUUGCAAUAUCUAGUCCCCAUACCUCAAUAGGCACCUUGAAUGGUAAGAAAGCUGUUGGGGGAACGAGACACCCUGAGUCAAGUCCAAGUCAAUGUAAGAGUAACUCGAAUCAUUAUCAGACAGAUUUACUACCAAUUGAUAGGUAACACUUAACAGAACCAGAGUUUCAUGGAAAUGUUGGGUUUUUCCACAAUGCAGAUAAUCAAAUCCCAAUUACUCUGUAGCUGCAGGUGACAAUGUGUGUUGUGCAGAUCUCACAAGGAAUCCAAAGAACAUGUUAUACAGUGGAUUUUGAAAUCCUUAUUUGUGCAUACUGAGUGGGAACACCAUGCUCAGUGGGUGAUUGUGUUCGAAAGAGAAAUCUCAAGCUGCUCAAUUGUUCAAGUUAGCUUAUACCGAAACUGUCAUUUAGAUUUAAAGAAACCAGCAUGUUUCAAGGGAAGAGCAGAGAAUGGUUCAUCACAGCAAAGGAAAUUGCCUAUACAUUCAAUGUUAGAGCCCCUGUGGGUACAAGGAAUUAUGUACAACAACUUUUGUUUCAACUGUUUUCUGCAUUAGCUAGCUGUUUGAUGCUUCCUUGGUUAUUGUUUUAGUUUAGCCAGUUGUGUUAGCUUGGCUACAACAGUUUUGUA